CAAUACAAUUGAUGUGGUCAGUAGAGGGCGGUAAAGUACCACUGAUACCUCUACUACCCACGAAGAAGAAUUCGACCCGUUCUCUCGUCAAUAAGCGGCAAAGAUGUCCGCCUGCAGGCUGUUCCGUUCACUAUCGUCCAGCUUUACCACUGUUUUGCCUUUACUGACCCGCUCGACGCCGCUUUGUCCUUUGCGACUGGCACUUAAACCUUGUUCUCCAAGAACGCUUACGUCUUCUAGCGGAUUAUCAGCAGCGGUUAAAUUUACAGACAAGCACGAAUGGAUUCGAGUAGAAGACGACAGAAUUGGGACUGUCGGUAUCAGCAACUUCGCCCAAGAGGCUCUGGGAGAUGUAGUUUACUGUGGACUACCAGAGGUGGGAACACAGCUGGCUCAGCAAGAUGAGUUUGGAGCCCUCGAAAGCGUAAAAGCAGCCAGCGAGCUCUAUUCCCCAUUAACUGGAGAAGUUGUAGAGGUCAAUACACUGCUGGCAGAUAACCCUGGUCUGGUCAACAAAUCUUGCUACAAAGAUGGUUGGUUGAUAAAGAUGACCAUUGCCAACCCUGCUGAGCUUGACACUCUAAUGGAUGAAGCAGCCUAUGAGAGAUACAUCCGCUCCAUUGAGGAUUAACCUAACGCCUCCUAACAAGUGCAAUGCUCCCUCUCUCCUUUUCAGACACAGCUGGCAGGGAGAUGCACAGGUUGUGCCAGUGUCAGUUACAAUGCUAUGCUUAGCAUCCAUCAGUGGAGCUCAGGAGCUCUAGCUCACUGACCUGCCAGUGUUGUAGAGCUGUGACAAUUAGGAAUCCUUUAUCUACUGUUAAAGACUGACCUUAGGGGACCUGCCAGUCCGCAGUGACUAAACAUCUGGUGUUGAGUUAGUUCUUGCAGCCUCAAACCCUAAACAGAAGAGACAGAGACUCGGUAGAACAGUUUCCAAACAUAGCAGUCAAACCUGAAUUUCUGUUCAAGGACAUGGUUAGACAACAUAAAGCACUUUGGAAUUUAUGCUGUUGUUAAUUAUGUUGGUCUGUACUGCAUGUAUAACGGCUACACUGUGGACAUUGGACCUGUCCAAUAGACAAUAAACAUUUCAUUACA